CCGACGGACAGCGAAGGGCCUUCUGCGACAUGACAAAAAAGGUCCCGCGCACUGGGCUCGGUUCCUGGGGGUCUCGGAUUUGGUAACCCACGACUUGGUGUGCCUCUUCCCCCAGGAAUUGGGAACUGCGCCCUCAUGGCUGAGGUGAAGGUGAAGGUGCAGCCGCCUGACGCGGAUCCGGUGGAAAUAGAAAACAGGAUUAUAGAAUUAUGUCACCAGUUUCCUCAUGGAAUCACAGACCAAGUAAUUCAGAAUGAAAUGCCUCAUAUAGAAGCCCAGCAGCGGGCAGUGGCCAUUAACAGACUAUUAUCCAUGGGUCAGUUGGACCUCUUAAGGAGCAGUACAGGCCUUUUAUAUAGAAUAAAGGACUCUCAGAAUGCUGGUAAAAUGAAAGGAUCAGAUAACCAAGAAAAACUAGUGUAUCAAAUCAUAGAAGAUGCAGGAAAUAAAGGAAUAUGGAGCAGAGAUAUCCGAUACAAAAGUAACUUGCCAUUAACAGAAAUCAACAAAAUUCUGAAGAACUUGGAAAGUAAAAAGCUCAUUAAAGCUGUUAAGUCUGUAGCAGCCUCCAAAAAGAAGGUGUAUAUGCUCUACAACCUGCAGCCAGACCGCUCUGUGACUGGAGGGGCCUGGUACAGUGACCAAGAUUUUGAAUCUGAGUUUGUGGAGGUGCUUAACCAACAGUGUUUUAAAUUCCUGCAAACCAAGGCAGAAACAGCCCGAGAAAGCAAACAGAAUCCAGUAAUACAAAGAAAUAGUUCAUUCGCUUCGUCACAUGAAGUGUGGAAAUAUAUCUGUGAACUAGGGAUCAGUAAGGUAGAGUUGUCCAUGGAGGAUAUUGAAACCAUCCUAAAUACACUCAUUUAUGAUGGGAAAGUGGAGAUGACUAUCAUUGCUGCAAAAGAAGGCACAGUUGGCAGUGUAGACGGACACAUGAAGCUAUUCAGAGCAGUCAAUCCAAUCAUCCCACCCACGGGUUUGGUCCGUGCACCCUGUGGUCUCUGCCCGGUGUUUGAUGACUGCCAUGAAGGUGGUGAGAUUUCACCAUCUAACUGUAUUUACAUGACAGAAUGGCUUGAAUAUUAAUAGACCUAUGAACUUUACUGACAUUUUGCAAAUGAAGUUACUUUGGAAGCAGAUACUUUAAUCAUGAUGGUACAUCAGAUUGUCUUGAAAGCAAACUUUAUAGUAAUGGACAUAGAUUUGCUGUUAUGAAAACUUUUAUUUAUAAAGAUUAAAUUUAUAUUAAUAAGGUAGCCAACAGAAUAUGAAACAAGCCCUGCGCCCCAGCUAGCUAGUGUCUGCUGUGCCUCUCGGCCCAGACUUCAGUAGACCUCACCAAAAUGCCAUCUCAGACGGAGCACGCCAUGGAAACCAUGAUAUUCACACAUGGUCCCCACAAAUUUGCAGGGGAUAAAGGCUACUUAACAAAGGAGGACCUCAGAGUGCUCAUAGAGGAGUUCCCAGGAUUUUUGGAAAAUCAAAAAGACCCUCUGGCCCUAGACAAAGUAAUGAAGGACCUGGACCAGUGCCAAGAUGGCAAAGUGGGCUUUUCCCUAAUUGCAGGCCUCACCAUCAUGUGUAACGACUAUUUUGUAGUACAUGUGAAGCAAAAUGGUAGAGUGCCGUGGCGUCACGCAGUUCACAUGGGGAAAGAAGUAGGCAGCACCGAGCAAUUACUCUGCCCGAAAAGUGUUCUCUCAAAGGAUUGCUUCAAACAUCUGCCCCACAGCUUCUUCCUGUGUAGGGAUUUCAUGAGCAGAUCAGGAUCCUUAGAAUAUACACAAAUAAAAUCCAACUCCCAUUUGUCAAACAGAGAAGAAAAAGUUAAUUAAAUACCAGAUGAGCUUUUUUUUUUACAUUUUUUGCAUCCCUUUGCCCUCAAUAAACAUAAUCCUUUUUUUAGUUACAAAUUAAAAAAAAAAAAAAAAAGAAUAUGGAACAAAUAAGAUUAGUAGUGAAAUCAGCAAAUAAAACAUGUUAAUACUCUGGAGGACCACAUCUUCUGAAGCCUCUGAGAAUUUUGAUAGGUCAAGGAAAAAUAAGCCCAGAAACCCAUGUUUACCAAGUUCUAGGUUAAUUGAGUGUAAAUAUUUUCUUUUUAAAGUCUUCAUUGGAGUUUUUUAUAUCUGGUUCACUACCACCAUUUGUUUUCUAUUUUUUCAGUAGUUUGAGAAGAGGCCCAGCACAGUGGCUCACUCCUCACUCCUAUCUAUAAUCCUAGCACUCUGAGAGGCUAAGGUGGGAGGAUUGCUUGAGCUUCAGUGUUCAAGACAGCUACAGCAAGACUAAGACCUAUCUCUACUAAAAAUAGAAAAAUUAUCUGGGUAUUGUGGCAGGUGCCUAUAGUACCAGCUACUCAGGAGGCUGAGGCAAGAGAAUCACUUGAAUCCAAGAGUUUGAGGUUGCUGUGAGCUGUGAUGACACGGCACUCUACCCAAGACAACAGAGUCUGUCUCAAAAAAAAAAAGUUUGAGAAGAAAUUAAAGGUGUACAAACUUAGGGAAUUACUAGGGGAGAGUGGAACAUUGCCUGUAUACUACUGAUUACUUUUUACAUCAGAAAUAUUCUUUGAGAGGAUUAUGCUACCAUACUUUAAAGCCAAACAAUGACUAUUGUCAAGGAUAUAUUUGCAGUAUGUAAAUACUAUCAUUUUCAUCCUGAGGGGAAUAUUUUCACUGUGCUUUAUUAAAGUCUUAAUAAUUUUCACUCUGUGGCUUAAUUGUAUAUUGGCUAGAAUUUUCCUGGGAUUUGUAUUUAAUGUCUACAACAGACUGAAUGUAUGCCCCCAGAAUUCAAAUGCUAAAACCGGAUCCUCACUGUGAUGGAUUUGGAGGUGAUAGGUCAGGAGGGUGAACCCUUCAGGAAUAGGAUUAGUGCCUUCAUAAGAGAGUGCCAGAGAGUUCCUUUGCCUCUUCUGCCCAGGGAGGACACAGGCAAAAACAGCCAUUUAUGAAUCAGAAAGUGGGCUCUCACCAGACACCAAAUCUGCAAGCACCUGCAGGAAUUCCCAGCCUUCAGAAUUGUGAGAAAGUUCUGUUGAUAAAGCACCAGCCUAUGGUAUUCUGUAUAGCACAUACAAAAGACAAUGUCUAAUUAUUUAACUGAAAUUAAAACCAAAAACUGUCCAUUGCCUCCAUUCACACUUUAUUGGGAAAAAAAUGUAUCUUUCUUGUUCUGUUUUAGAUUUUUUUUCCCUAAUCGUGUAAGCCCAAGAGUUAGAGGUUGCUGUGAGCCGUGUGAUGCCAUGGCACUCUACCCAAGGGCGGUACAGUGAGACUCUGUCUCUACAAAAAAAAAAAAAAUUAUGGCAUAUGGGCAGCACCUGUGGC